AUGACAACCCCGGCACCCAAGAAACCGCGCGCCACCAGGCGCGAGCACCAGAUCGAAGUCUCGCUCGUUCCCCCCAGCACGGCGCUCACCUGGCGCCCGAGGGAAGGUGGUGGCGACACUGCGUUCCGCGUCCUCGGGCUCAUGGGCAACCUGCACCCCGUAUCUCGCGUGCCGACUUCCGCGGGGGACACGCGCGUCGAGUAUGCCGGGUCGUGGAGGACGUGGCGGCAGCAAGAGAAGAUCGCGGCCGCUGUCGAAGCCUGUCGCCCGGCUGCGUUAUCCAUACGUCUGCACCUCGUUCGCAGAGGACGCCGAACCUCGACGACGGAGCAUAACGUCUUUGAAGAGUUUUUCAAGCAUCUACCGCCUGAUUUGGUCUGUCUCGAUCUCCACGGGAUCCGACCACCGUAUCCCCGCCUCGAAGUUCACGAAGAACUGCUGGAGUUCAUCGCGUCACCUCGAUCCCACUCUCUCCAAAUUCUCUUCCUCCCCGCUUACGAGUACUCCGGUGUUGUGGCACACCCCGUGCUGAAGAUGAUCUGGGAAUCGAAUACGGCACUGUCAGUAGUCUCCUUUCGCGUCCGAGCCCUCGAGUCCCCCGAUUUGCCAGCAGCAUUCUGUCCAUGUGCCGAAGAGCCUUGCCGCAUGCAGGAGCGGUGUCUGGCACGGUUCCUCAACUACUCGGGAGAAUAUCUCUACUGCAACGCAAUUGGCCGGAACCGCGCGCUCGCGACCGGUGUCCAACGCGCCGCGAUUCGGAUGCUCAUAACGGCGCGUAUCCUCGCCUUCGCCCGCCCCGCUGCGUCAACCCGCUCGCCAGCCACGCAGCUGCCCUACGAGCUCAUCGCCCAGAUCGCGUCCCACGUCGGCGAAGCCCGCGACUGGCUCACGCCCACGCAAGAAUCAACCGUGCUCGCCCUCGCGACGGGCGACGCCUUCCCCGCCGUCGCGCGCGUGCUCUCCGACCCCUCGCGCCACUGGUCGGGCCGGCGGUGGGUCGCGCGCGCCGAGUGGUUUGCGGCUGGUGGGCUGGUGUGGGGGUUUGGCGUGGAGAGGGGGAAUGCGCGCUGGGCUGAGAUGAGGGGAAUCUCCCGCCCCGCCACGAGCCCACCGCCCAGGUCCCGCAUCCAAGUCGCCCUCCUCCCUCCGACUCGCGCGCUCGCGAAGCCCAACACCCCGCACGACGACCGUAUCUGGGAGCUGGAGCUCACGCCCGGCUGGGAGCGAGUAGACGAGGCGGGGGCCCUCGGCGAGCGAUACUCCGCGUCGUGGUCGACCUUGGAGGAGCUCCGGCGUACCGCGAUGGCCCUGCAGAGAUGCCGCGUCUCCGGUCUCAGUAUCGCCUUUGACACGCGCUUUGGGCUCGGGAGGCAACCGCACUGGCAUUCCCUCUUCGAGGUAUUGCUUCCACACUUGCCCUCGCCGCGGCUGUACCUCCGCCUGCAGGGCAUUCCCCGUCAGCUGCCCAACCACCGAGCCCUCACCGCGCUCCUCGGCUUCAUCAGCUCGCCCGCGUCGCACGGGCUGCAGGUGCUCGCGCUGCCCGAGUCACGAGACGGAGCGCAGCUCGGCGGCCUCGGGCAGGUCCUCGCCGCCAUAGCCCGCUCCAACGUCACCAUCUCCCUCAUCUGCACCCACCCCGUCGUCGAUCGCGGGAUCCCGCACCCCGCCGCGUGCGAGUGCCUCAUGGACCCGCUCGAGGACGGCAAGGCGCGCCGGCACGCCGUGCGCGGCCACCAUGGCGCGAUGCGGGGGAGCACGACGCGGAACAGGGGUCUUACGCGGUGUGUCCGGCGCGUCGGUGUGCGGAUGCUCGUCGUGGCGAGGAUCUUGUCGCUCGCGCGGCCGGCAGGCGCGGUAUUCCCGGCGUCCGACCGUCGCCGCGGCGCAUACCGCACGGUACGGGUAUACGCGUGGGGCACGCGCGAGGUGCACCACACGCACCCAGCCACGCAGCUGCCGUACGAGCUCGUGCUCGAGAUCGCGGCGCUGGCGACGAACGCGGCGCAGUGGCUCACCAGGGGCCAGAUGCACGCGAUCAUUGACCUCGCGUGCGACAGCCACCGCUUUCCGAGGAUCGCGGGCGCGCUCGCCACCCCCGCCGCGCACUGGUCCCGCCGCCGCUGGAUCGUGCGCCAGGAGUGGCUCGCUGCGCUGGGCCUGUGGUGGGAGUUUGGCGUGGCCGCCGCCGACGCACGCUGGGAGGAGGUGAGGGGGAUGGGCGGUGGUGGCAGCGUCCGCGUCGGCGAGUUUUGA